GGCUCUCUCCCUCCUCUUUUCUCCUUCUCCCUCUCGCCCGCCUCGUCUCCCGCUGCCCACCCGGCGACCCGACUUUCUUUUGUCUGACCUCCACACAAUCCUUUUCUGAACCGAACCAGUCCUUACUACACUUGAGAUGUUCUCCAAGCUCUUAUCGCUCGCGGCGCUCGUGGCUGCUGCCAACGCCGAGCACUGGAUCUUCGGUGGCAGCCGUCCCAUCGUGACCACCCGUCUCGACUCGAUCGUGAACCCGAACGCGAUCGGCGGUCACGUCCACUCCAUCGUCGGCGCAAGCCGUUUCAAGAACGUGUACGAUGCGGACGACCUCACCCAGAGCAAGUGCACGACCAUCCCUGUGCAACCCGACAAGUCCAACUACUGGGCGCCCCAACUGUACCAUCGCGAUCAACAGACUGGACAGCUUAGCCCGAUACCCACGAGCUUCAACAUCUACUACCUCAUGCGGCCGGGUCCGGAGAACCAGCCCAUUAAGGCGUUCCCCAAGGGCUUGCGCAUGGUCGCCGGUGAUACCAACAGGCGCACCUACAACUCGUCGGACUUCACCAACCAGGCUGUGAGCUUCGUGUGUCUCGAUUACAACACCAACCAUGGGAGCGACCCCGACUGGGCCGAGCGGCCGAACUUCUUCGACCACAACUGCCCGGACGGCAUGCGCGCACAAGUAUUCUUCCCCUCCUGCUGGGAUGGUGUCAAUCUCGACUCUGCCGACCACAAGUCGCACCUGGCGUACCCGAUCCAGAACUACAACUCCGGUGACUGCCCUGACUCGCACCCCGUCCACCUCGUCUCGCUCUUCUACGAGAUGCUCGUGUCCGUCGACCAAUACUCAUACUGGGGCCCCGGCACGUGGGUCCUCGCGAACGGCGACACGACCGGGUACGGUCAUCACGGCGACUUCCAGAACGGCUGGGACAUCGACCUCCUUCAGGAAGCGAUUGACACCUGCACCGCCGCCAACGGCAACGUCAUGGACUGCCCGCCCCUCGCCGCCGUGUUCGACCAGGCCUCCGCCGACGCGUGCACGCUCGAGACCGACAUCGUCGACGAGAACAUCGGCCUCGACAGCCCGAUCACGCAGCUCCCGGGAUGCAACCCCUUCUGGGACGGGACCGGGUCGAAGCCCGCGUGCCCGAACGCGAACGCCGCUACGCCGAGCCUCGUCGCCGCCCAGCCCCCCCUUCCCAGCGGCUGGAACGAGAUCGGGUGCAUUGCUGAGGGCACGAACGGCCGCGCGCUCACCGGCGCGUCUACGACCAGCCCGAACAUGACCAAGGCGGUGUGCGCGGACUUCUGUGCGUCCAAAGGCUUCAAGCUCGCCGGCGUCGAGUUCUCGGACGAGUGCUACUGCGACAACCAGGUCCGCAACGGCGCGUCGCAGAACACGAUCACCUGGAACCUCUGCAGCAACCACUGCGCAGGCAACGAGAACGAGAUCUGCGGUGGCCCGGCGCGGCUCACCCUCCUGACGGCCUCAGGCGUACCCGCACAGGCGUCGUCCGUAUCUUCCACCGUUCAGCCGUCUGUGACUACUAACGUCGCCAUUCCGGUCUCUGUAUCUUCGACGCACGCCUCCUCGGCAGUCACCACGUCUGUGCACUCCGCAAGCGCGACGAGUUCUAGCGCCCACGCCUCCUCUCCUUCGAGCACAGGCCUCCCGCUCGGAUGGGCUGGCAUCGGGUGCGUGUCCGACAGCUCCGCCCGCGCGUUGACUGGGUUCAGCGUCGCCAACGACCAGAUGACGGUUGCAUCGUGUCUCUCCACCUGCGCGUCCAAAGGCUUCUCCAUUGCUGGUGUUGAGUACGGUCGCGAGUGCUACUGCGGCAACUCGUUCUCCAACAGCCAGGGCAAGUCUCUCGCUGCGCCCACCUGCAACAUCGCCUGCGCAGGCGACAAGACGAGCACCUGCGGUGGCGGCUGGGCGCUGAACGCGUUCAAGUUCAACCAGGUCAACGUUGCCCUCCCCUCCGUCUCCGCCCCCGCCUCCUCCUCCGCCUCCGCCGCCAAGCCCAGCGCCUCCGUCUCCACCCCCUCCAACUCGACCGCGAGCCUCCCGUCGGGCUGGACCGCCAUCGGCUGCCGCAAGGACAACGUCAAGGGCCGCGCGCUCAACGUCGACGCGUUCACGAGCGUGUCGACCAUGACCGUCGAGUCGUGCGUCGCCCACUGCGACAGCCUCGGGCACACCCUCGCCGGGCUCGAAUACGCGCGCGAGUGCUACUGCGGCGCCGCGUUCACCAACGGCGGCGGCGCCGUCCUCGCCGACUCCGUGUGCAACAUGGCGUGCACGGGCGACAGCGGCUCCGUCUGCGGUGGCGCGGACGCGCUCACCGUGUUCCAGAAGGGCGCGUCCGCGGGCGCGCGCCGUAGCCACAAGGCGCGCCACUUCGGCCGCGCGCACCAGCACUCGGAUCUGUUCUGAUCUGAAUUUGAGUGUUGGGUUUGUGCGUCUCUCGCGGGCGCCGUGGACGGCGGCUCGCGUUUUUGGUGUCCCUGAUUCGAUUCGGGCGCGGGGAGCGAGCCUCCCGCCGUGCGCUCUUGCUAUGUCUCUUCCUCGCUCUCUGCAUAUCUCGUCUAUGUCUCUGCUCUCGCUCAACGUCUCCAUCUAUAUCUCUCUCUUCAUACUCCCUUCCUUGUUCAUAUCUCGUGCUCCCCAUGCAGCGGGAUGCCUUCUCUCCCCUCCCUUUUGACGGGCAGGGGCGAGCGGCCUGGGUCCGGGUUUGCCAGAGGGCGGUGGUGCGCGCGCGCGACUUUACUGGAUAAACGACACGAUACACACACUCACACGUCCUUCUCCCACAACUCCCUCCC